AUGAAGAAGAGGUUGAAGAGUUACAAGACCCUAAUGUUUGAUGGGGAAUAUCUGCACUUGAGAUGUUGCUGCCACAUCAUUAAUUUAAUAGUUAAGGAUGAUAUUAAUGAGCUAGAGGGAGGUAUUGCAGCCAUUUGGCACUGUGUCAAGUACAUUAGGAGUUCUUCCGAAAGACUUGACAAGUUUAGGGAGUUCUCAGUGCUUGAACACUUGAGGGCAAAUGUCAAUGUUCCUUUGCAUGUAAUUACAAGGUGGCAUUGCACUUACUUGAUGCUUAAAGCAGGACUCAAGUAUGAGGCUUUGUUUGGUAGAAUGGCUGAUGAAGAUCCGCAAUUUCAGGCUUACUUCAAAGAGAAGGGCAAAGGUGGGCAAUCAAGAGUAGUAGUACCUCCUCGUGAAGCAGAUUGGAAAAAUGUUGAAGCCUUUAUGGUGUUCUUAAAGAAGUUUUACGAUGUCACCAUUAAGCUCAAUGCAUGGAAAUCAGUUACAUCUAACGUACUGUUUGCUGUUAUGAUAGGACUGCAAUAUGAGAUAGACAAAAAAAUGAUGUCGGAAGAUCCUGUUUUAGUCCAGGUGGCAACUUCAAUGAAGGCCAAGUUUAACAAGUACUAUGGCAAUUUUGAGUCGACAAACCAAAUAAUAAUGAUUGCCAAUAUGUAUCAAGAGUAUAAAGGUCAAGACGGCAACCAAGUUGCAGACAUACCUACUAACUUUGAAGGAGAUGAUAUGAUGGAUUUAACAGACAUGGAUGAAAGUCAAGAUGAGAUUGCAAGGGACUGCAUGCAAGAGAGGAUGGCACAACACCAUAAUAGCAUUUGUAAUGAGGUUGAUUAA